AUGGCAACACCCGCCCUAGACAACUCGCCCCAGCGAGGCAUCUCUGAGGCCUUCGGGAACUAUGUACCACUCACGGAGGUGCUGAGGGGACAGGGUCUCACGACCGCGCUGGUGCUGCUGGCGCGAGCCACCACCAGAGCCACUCCUCUGCGAAGACCCGCGACCAGCUCCACCGCCACCCCAACCGCCUCCGCCGCCUCCGCCGCCUCCGCUACUGCCGCCGCCUUGGUCGCCGCCUCCACCGCCGCCUCCUCGGCCACCUCCACUCCCACCGCCACCGCCGCCGCCGUCUCCGCCUCCACUGCCGCCACCGACCCCCCCACCCCCACCUCCACUCCCACUGCCACCCCCACUCCCCCCACCGCCUCCACCUCCACCUCCACCGCCCGCUCCUCCAGCUCCCUUGCCCCCCUUGCCCUUGCCAGGGCGGCGUCUCCCGCUAGGAGCAGACGCCGCACCGACCAACUCAAGACCAAGGAGGUCGGCCGUAGCAGCAGAGGCAACAGAGGGCAGCAGGGGGGAGGGGGAACACCCCUCAAAGAUGGGGGUGCGCCGGUCACCUCGAGAGGCUCCUACAGCGACUAUACUCUCCUCCGCUGCUAA